CAUGCUCUUCGCCAUUCCUCAGGGGCAACCGCCCGGCAAAUAGAACAAAGCUGACCCUGCGAGGCUUCCAAGCUCGGUCCUCAAACACCCCUUGCGUGUAUAUCCUCGGCGUUAUUUCCUUCACCCCUCUUCCCCCAAUUCUUUACUGCCCCCCCCUUCUCGGGAACAGGUGGUAGGCUCCGCGCUCAACGCGCAGACGCGCGCCGUCGUGGGCGGGGCGGGAACUGGGGGGCGGGGUGUGCGCGGGCUUGGUUUUGGGCCGCGGCGGGAGCUGGAGUCACCGCAAGUGGAGUGCGCAGGCGCCAGGCAGUUACCGGUUUCGCCAUGGAGCGGAAAGUGCUUGCGCUCCAGGCCCGAAAGAAAAGGACCAAGGCCAAGAAGGACAAAGCCCAGAAGAAAUCUGAAACUCAGCACCGAGGCUCUGCUCCCCACUCUGAGAGUGAUCUCCCAGAGCAGGAAGAGGAGAUUCUGGGAUCUGAUGAUGAUGAGCAGGAAGAUCCCAAUGAUUAUUGUAAAGGAGGUUAUCAUCUUGUGAAAAUCGGAGAUCUAUUCAAUGGGAGAUAUCAUGUGAUCCGAAAGUUGGGCUGGGGACACUUUUCAACAGUGUGGUUAUCAUGGGAUAUUCAGGGGAAGAAGUUUGUGGCAAUGAAAGUAGUUAAAAGUGCUGAACAUUAUACCGAAACAGCACUUGAUGAAAUCCGGUUGCUGAAAUCAGUUCGCAAUUCAGAUCCUAAUGAUCCAAAUAGAGAAAUGGUUGUUCAACUACUAGAUGACUUUAAAAUAUCAGGAGUUAAUGGAACACAUAUCUGCAUGGUGUUUGAAGUUUUGGGGCAUCAUCUGCUCAAGUGGAUCAUCAAGUCCAAUUAUCAAGGGCUUCCUUUGCCUUGUGUCAAAAAAAUUAUUCAGCAAGUGUUACAGGGUCUGGAUUAUUUACAUACCAAGUGCCGUAUCAUCCACACUGACAUUAAACCAGAAAACAUCUUGUUGUCAGUGAAUGAACAGUACAUCCGGAGGCUGGCUGCAGAAGCAACAGAAUGGCAGCGAUCUGGAGCUCCUCCACCUUCUGGAUCUGCAGUCAGUACUGCACCCCAGCCUAAACCAGCUGACAAAAUGUCAAAGAAUAAGAAGAAGAAAUUGAAGAAGAAGCAGAAGCGCCAGGCAGAAUUACUAGAGAAGCGAAUGCAGGAAAUUGAGGAAAUGGAGAAAGAGUCGGGCCCUGGGCAAAAAAGACCAAACAAGCAAGAAGAAUCAGAGAGUCCUGUUGAAAGACCCUUGAAAGAGAACCCACCUAAUAAAAUGACCCAAGAAAAACUUGAAGAGUCAAGUACCAUUCACCAGGAUCAAACACUUACGGAACAUGGUGUAGAGGGUGGUGCAGCAGAAAUAAAUUGCAAUGGAGUAAUUGAAGUCGUUAAUUAUACUGAGAACAAUAAUAAAGAAACAUUGAGGCUUAAAGAGGAUCUACAUAAUGCUAAUGGCUGUGAUGUCCAAAAUUUGAAGCAGGAACCUAGUUUUCUAAGUUCCCAAAAUGGAGACAGCAGCACAUCUCAAGAAACAGACUCCUGUACACCUGUAACCUCUGAGGUGUCAGAUACCAUGAUGUGCCAGUCUUCAUCAAAUGUAGACCGGUCAUUCAGUGAACAGGACAUUAGCCAACUUCAAGAAAGCAUUCGAGCAGAGAUACCCUGUGAAGAUGAGCAAGAGCAAGAACAUAAUGGACCACUAGACAACAAAGGAAAAUCCACUGCUGGAAAUUUUCUUGUUAAUCCCCUUGAGCCAAAAAAUGCAGAAAAGCUCCAAGUGAAGAUUGCUGAUCUUGGAAAUGCCUGUUGGGUGCACAAACAUUUCACUGAAGAUAUUCAGACAAGGCAGUAUCGCUCCUUGGAAGUUCUGAUAGGAUCUGGCUAUAAUACCCCUGCUGACAUUUGGAGCACAGCUUGCAUGGCCUUUGAACUGGCCACAGGCGACUAUUUAUUUGAACCUCAUUCAGGGGAAGAGUACACUCGAGAUGAAGAUCACAUUGCAUUGAUCAUAGAACUUCUGGGGAAGGUGCCUCGCAAGCUCAUUGUGGCAGGAAAAUAUUCCAAGGAAUUUUUCACCAAAAAAGGUGACCUGAAACACAUCACGAAGCUGAAACCCUGGGGCCUUUUUGAGGUUCUGGUGGAGAAGUAUGAGUGGUGUCAGGAAGAGGCAGCUGGUUUCACAGAUUUCUUACUGCCCAUGUUGGAGUUGAUCCCUGAGAAGAGGGCCACUGCCGCUGAUUGUCUCCGGCACCCUUGGCUCAACUCCUAAGCCCCAGCCCAGCACCGCAGCAGAGAUCACAUGCUGGCCCUCUGCCCCUCCCCUCCAAGCAUUUCCCUCUUCCCGUUUCAGGAUGAAGCUCUUCCUUCAAGGGUUUCUAGGGUGUUUUUUGUUUUUUGUUGAAUCCAACAUGUUCAUUUGGGUUUGCUUAUUUGACCCUGUGGAGAUCCCCCCACAGCCAUUGGGCAUCCUAGGUGAAUUUGGCCUUGAUUGGGCUCUGCCAAAGACUAAUGGACUAAAAUGUGAAACAGCGUCUCACCCCUGUACCCUUGUCUUUCCAUUAGGACAUCCUUUAAAUUAUAAGCAUCCUUUUAAAAAGAGCUAUGAAGAUGUAUGAGCUCAUCCUUUUAUUCACUGACUCUAAGAGUCAAAUUUUCUAGUGCAUAUCCUAUUGCCAGCAUAAGGAUGAGAAGGGGAAAGGUAUUACUUCUGUGUACAGCAGAGAUAUUAAACUUGCUGUAUCCAGGCUGCAUCAUCUUCCUGGAUUGUUUCUGUUGUUUUCUAUGUUCACAUUUUUUUCUGCAACUUUUAAACUGCUAUCUUUUUAAAUGAGCUGUAUAAACACCAAAUUUGGGUACCAUUUUAUCACUGUUCAAAGCACUGUCAAAUUCCUUUCAUCCUUUAAUAACUCUGAGAUCCUCGAAUCUUCAGUCUGAUUUUUGAUAGAAACAGAAAUGGAACCACUGACUAGUAGAUUCUUCAGAACCACAUAUAUUCUGCAGACUGUCCUUUCCUAUGUCUUUUCUGUACCCUACGGGCAGAGUUACUUUGAUUGGCUGUUUGUUUUGUUUUUUGUUUUUGUUUUUUAAUCCCUGGCUGGCACUUUACUCAUUGCACUUGAGUUUAUUGCCCCAUAACUAAAGAAUUCAGGAUGACUCUAGAAAGGAAAACUGGAUUUCAGAGAUUUCCCAUCUGAGAAGAAACUGUCCUAGAGUUCUCGGUUCUUUUACAAACAGUCCCCAACUUUUAUUUACAGCUUUUUCUUUACCUUGUCCAGAAUUCAGCCUUAAAGCAGUUUCCCCCUAUGGCUUUGCCUUUCUCAUUUUCUCAGAGGCUUCAUUCAGGUCUUAAAUGAAAUCCCAGGAUACAAGAACCAAGGGGAGGGGGGUGGGAUGGCACUUUUUUUUAUUGUUUAUUUUGAGGGUUGUAGGGUUUUUUUUCUCUUUUUGUUUGGUUUAAGGUUAGCCAUUCUCUGCUGCUAUUUCUUUGUAUAAUGUAAGUUUUAAAUUUUGAGAUGAUUGAAAUGUACUUGAGGCUUUUUUUUUUUUUUUUUUUAAUGAGUAAAGGCGUUGUGAAUCUUAUUUUAGGAUGGGCCUCUCCUAGACUUGCCCUAGACAUUACAUAUAUUCCUCGGGUCAUAUUGAAAAGCAAAAGAGGGACAGGAUUGGGGUCACAGCUGCUUGUUCUGCAUGGACCAAGUGGGUCUUGGGGAUUACAGCAUUCUCCAGAAGCGGCUACAGAAAGCCAAGGAGGUGCAACUUGAGGCUCUACUAGCAAAGCACGGAUGAGACUGUUAGGUAGCCAGCUUCCUUUACAGGAGAUUGGAAUCUAGAUUCUGUCAUUUAUCUACCAACAAAGGCAAAGGAAAAAGUGGUGCAAUUAUGCAAUCCAUUUAACUCGUAAACAUAUUACCCUGAAUAACUGGCCAGCCAUUCAUCGAUCCUUGAUGGAUAGUUCUGAAAUCAGACAUGUUCCUAUAGAAAGAAUUUGAAGUGAGGCUGUUCUAUGCACCUAUCAAGAAUAAAGAAAAUAGAUGGUAUCAAACAACGGCAGGGAAAUCCUUCAGCAAUUCUAAUCCACUUUGGGUUUUCAGCGAUAUAUACAUCUAAAGCAAUACCAGUCUAGAACUGAAUUCUUUUCUAUGCUGUAAAAUCACAAUUGUGGAAUUACAGGGAUUCUGGUGAUGACAUUAAGGUGAACUAACCAAACACACACAAAUAGAAGGCCCUGUUUUAACAACUGACAUGAAGAGAAAUUUUAAUAAGAGAGAACCUGUAACUUUUUGGAAAUGUUUUCCCACCAAACAAGGGCUUUUCCUCUAUCACUUAAGGAGCCAGAUGAAUUAAAAGCCGUAGAAAGAGGCAGCUGUAGAAUUUGAUCUUCCAAGCACCCCAUGUACCUUUCCUGAACUCAAUCAUAAUGUCAAAUUGCCAGGAUCUCACUAAAGGAUUUCUAUUCGCUGUCAGUAAAAAAUAAAACCCCAAACACAUUUUUAUUCUUUCUACUGGUUGCAUUGUCUGUUUUCUUUGUAAAUGCAGUACAAUAAACAAAUUAUUUAAUAACCUA